GAGAACGAGGCGGUGGUGCCAGAGGGCUGGCCUCUGACGUUAGGCGGCAGCGGCCUCCUCCUGCAGCUGGGUGAGCUCGAGGCCUCCGCGCUACGUCUCGGGGAAUGUUACCUCUGCGUACGCAGCGCGGCUGCAACUGCGACUGCAACCACCUCGUCGGUCAGCGGCGUCACGGCCGCCGGUGAAGCCGCCGAGCAGAAUACCGUUGAGAUAGCAGUGGUCUGGCGAGCGACGUCGAUGAGGGCGCCGGGAAUUUUGGGUUGGGACCGCGAGGACGAGUUCAUGGACUGGCGGGACCUGACGAGCAAGGGUCAGUCGAGCUCGUCGGGCGCUGCGAGCACGAGCCUCGGCGGAUCUCAGUCCUCGGCCGGGAUGAAGGCGGCUCGGCCGCGCCGGAGGUCGCGCGAAGAGGCGCGUCCGAGGACGCGCGAGACCAGCAGGAGCAACGCCGAGCAUCGCCGCGAGGAGACCCGGUCGAUCGACAGGCUGGAGCGCGAGGAUCGGACGAUCGACCGCGAAGCCGGCCAUCACACCGCCACGGUGAUGAAGUCGCGCUCCGCGUCCAGCGUAGACGCCUGGAAGGAGGAGCUCGACGGCGACCUCGAGCGCGGCCCGAGUCGCAGGGCGCACCACCCCAGGAACUCCUCUAGUCCGACCGGCGACGAGAGCCGCGCCAAAGUGAAGCGUUGCGCCAAGGUGGUCUCCACCAUCACCAUGGAGAAGUGGAAGGAGAGCAGCAGGUGCGAGACGCGCAGCAGGUCGGUCGCACCGGAGGACCUGAAGAGCCCGUUGCUCUUCGAGGAGAGUGUGCUGCGGCAGAACGACAGCGCCGCGAAGGAACUCGAGGACAGGCUGCGCAACGCGGGCGGCCCGGACGACGUCAGCGACGAGGAUCUGCCGGCGUACAUUGGCAAUCUGCUCGUCACCGUCGAGAGAAAGAUCGAGAGGGUCUCGCUCGACGACAUGACGUUCCCCUGCCCGGCUUGCAGGAACAUCGACACGGACGAUCCGCUGUUGGGCUGCAGAUGCGCCGGCGACGACUGCGGCUGCGGCGCCGGCGAGGACAACUGCGACUGUGCCUCCGUGACGGUCUCGCGGAAGGAACAGUCCGCGAAGAGCUUCGAGGUCGCCGGAAUCAAACAUAUCGACAGCGACGACGAGGAGGAAGUACGGAUGGGAUUCGGCACCAAAAAGCGAGUCGACGAGGUAGCAUCGCCGAGGUCUAUCCACGACUUGCCGGAACACGUUCUCACAUGCGGCCUGACGCUUCCCGGAUACACGGACGUCGCCGGGAGACCGGUCAUCGAGUUCGAGGACAAUGUGUCCACGAGGGAAGCCGUCUCCGUACGAGAGACAUCGUCUUUUCUGCUCUACCUCGCCCGUCUACCCAGCACCGACCAUACGAAGGACGGCUUCACCGUCUUCGUACGCGGCGAUUCCAAGGAGGGCCUGGACUUCGUGGACAACGUGUUGCUUCUGCUGCAGGACAGGAUCAAUGUCACCCAGACUCUAGUGUUUCGGGCAGCCACAGCAACGGACGGCCCGACGGUCGAGUCUUUCUUACCUCUCAGUAGCGUCCAGACCGUCGUCGUGAAUGACGCCACUCUCGCCAAGUAUAUUCCCAGGCGGGAAGAAAAUCACGACCAGAUGCAAUGGAUCGCUUUUUAUAAGGAGUACGACGGCCUCAUGACGGAGUGGCAAUCAGCCGGUCGCAGAUUGGCCCUCGAAAUGUCGGAGCUGAAGGAAUGCACGAGCCUGUCCGGCACUUUGACGCCUCUCGGUCGGCUCCUCACGGACCCCACAUUGAGAAGAACGUCUAGAGAUGCCGAAGAGGCCAUCACCGCGCUCGAGGAACGCGCGGCCCCGCUUCUGCACGUCGAGCACGUUAGAUUGUCGGUGAAACGAGCCCGGAGACUGGUGGAGGAGGUGGGUAAGGCCGCCACCAGGCUGGAGUCAUCGUUCGAGUCGCGACGCGCGACUAUCCGCAAUCUCGCUGUUCUACGGAGCAUCGAGGAUCAGGCGCACGAGAUAUUAUCGUGGCUCUGCAAGAAAGGCGAGGACAUCCUGUCGAAGCACGCACAGCACACGGCGACGAGCUUGGCGUCGGCGCGGCUUCACGAGCGGGAAUUCGAGAAGUUUUACUUCACGUCGAUG